AUGCCUGAGGUUAAGAAGUAUGAGAUAACAGAGCCAUGGCUCAAAACCCACUGCGCCCUAGGCGAAGGUCCUUUCUGGGAAGAGGAUAGGAACAGCAUCCGCUUCCUCGAUGUCGAAAAGCAAACCGUUAUGCGUGUCGACCUUGCAAAGGGUCCCUCGAGCUUCAAAACCAUCAAGAACUACGACAUCUCUAUCGGCUGCACCGCCGACAUCGAAGGCAACGACGCGGAAUUCGUCUUCGCCGGCAAGUACGGCUUCGGCGUCGCCAACAAAGAAACCGGCGAAUACCGCUGGCUGAAAAAGGUCUGGUCCUCGGACGAAAUCAGCGCAAACAAGCACGAAAUCUUCCGUGGCAACGACGGCGCCGUGGAUUCCCAAGGUAGGUUCUGGGCGGGCUUCAUGUUCGACCCUCUGGUCUCGGACAUGCGAUCAGACGGUGCGGUAUUCCGCCUCAACCCAGACUUGAGUCUCGACCGGCCCAUGGAUGACAUUUGCAUCCCCAACGGCACCACGUGGAACAAGCAGGACGACAUUUUGUAUUUUGCGGAUAGCCCGUCAAAGACAAUUUUCCAGUUCGACUACGAUGCCAAGACGGGCGAGAUCAAGAAUAGGCGGCCGUACUUUGUUAUGCCAGAGGAUAACCGGUAUGGAGAGGAUGCAGUCCCGGAUGGCCAUUGUCUGGAUGAGGAGGGUUACAUGUGGACGGCGCUGCAUGGCGGGUCCUCCGUCCUGCGGAUUUCGCCCCAGGGCGAGAUUGUAGCGGAGAUCAAGGUGCCAACGAGCCAGCCGACGUGUCCUUGCUUUGUGGGCGAGGAGCUGUUCAUUACUAGUGCUGGUGGUACGAGCGGCGAGAAUGGUGGCCCCAUUGACGAGUUUGCUGGGUGCUGCUUUAAGAUUAAUGUGGGUUUGCGGGGGCUCAAGAAGUUCAAGUUCAAGGGCGGGGAAAAGAUUGAGGGUGGGAAGCUGAAUGGACAGGUUGUUGCUGAGUAG